AUGGCCACGACAAAAGACCGCAUAACCUGCCACGUCCUAGACACAUCAGCCGGAAAACCAGCCCGCAACGUCCGCGUCCAACUCUCCACCACAAUCCCCUCCCCUCACUCUUCCUCCUCCACCGUCACCGCCGGCACCGCCUCCCCCGGCAGCAGCGCCCUAGCACCCGGCAUCCUCAAAGAGUUCGAAUCCACCACAGACGAAGACGGCCGCGUCAAAUCCUGGCUCCCCUUCUCCUCCGCCACGUCGUCGGGCGAAGUCCCCGUCUACACCCUCGACGACGUCCUCGGCGAGAUCGAGGCCGCUUCCUCGGUCACGUCCUCCCGCUGGACGCUAACGUUUGACACGGCGUCGUACUUUGGCGGCGAGGACGAGACGUUUUUCCCUGAAGCCGUGGUGGUUUUCACCGUCAAACGGGGUCAGCAUUAUCAUGUUCCGUUGCUGUUGAGCCCGUAUAGCUAUACCACAUACCGGGGUAGCUAA